AUGUUCAAGAAAUACCUUCCGUUGUUUCCCAAGCCUAGACAGAUUAGGAAAACGUACUUGGCCAUUCCAUUUAUUAUAAUCACAUUGGUACUUCUUCAUUUCCUCAAUACUUAUGAUACAGUUAAACAAUGGUCUAGUCAGGUGGUUGGAGGUACUAAACUACCCAUUUCCUCUUACUAUAAAAAGAAACCAAUUACUAUAUUACCGUCGGAUUAUAGUACUGCGUUGAGAAUAGAUCAUAAUAUUACUGAAAACAAGAAUGAUAUUGUUCGAUACCAUGGCAGUGCCAGUGCGUUGAGUACAUAUAUAACUAAUCAAACCUAUACACCCCACCAUAUAGCCUUAUUUGCAUCGACACCAGUAUUAUCUGUCUUUGAAAAAGAAGAAGACGCAACAAAAGAUACAAGUUGUGCCAAUCUACAAUUGGACAAACUGGUAUCAAUCACCAAAAGUGUUGAAUUUAAACAUGAUUGGAAAAUAAUUGCCCAAACUUUAUUAAAUCAAAUUACUCACGAUGAUAGUUUAAAGGAAAUUGCUGGUUUUUUCAAAGGUAAACUUGGCAAAUAUAUUGAACAAGAUGCAUUAAAUGAAAAACAUUUUUAUAAAUUUGCUGGUACAUCAGUAUGGUUGUCCAAAUAUGGAGUACAUUUAAUGGUUUCACGUUUAUUGUUCACUCAAACAGCAAGGAAAGCAGAUCCACAAAUUUCUUUACUUUAUGCACAAAUUUAUGACGAAAAUUGGCAAGAAUUAUCCAAUGUUGAUUUGGUUUUACCAAUUAUCGAUGAUGAUGGUGAACGUAAAUACGAGAUUGUUAACUUCCCUCGCGUUAUGUCAGUUCCAUUUUAUCAUAAUUCUAAGAAGACUAAAAAAAGAUGGUAUGGUCCUGAAGAUACUCGAUUGCUAUUGAGUAAGAAUGAAUAUGGGGACGAAGAGCCAAUCAUCAUUUUCAAUGCUUUCCAUAGACAAGUUUUACAAACUACUGAGGAUUCAAAUGGCGAGAAAACUCCAGCCAAGUAUGCCUUUUAUCGACUGAUGUUUAUGGGGUAUUUAUUGAGAUACCAACGUGGUAAGCAAAAUGUUGACGCUGGUCAAGAUACUCAUGCAUCGAAAACAAGGUACAAUAAAGUUGUUGAGUUGAGAAUCGAAGGGCAACAGCGUCAAAAAGUUGAGAAGAACUGGACUCCAUUCAUCAAUCCACUGGAAAGGAAAUCGUCCGUUUUCAAUGGAGGUGAUGAGCAUCUUUAUAUCGUUUAUCAAUGGGAUAAUUUGAAAAUUUUGAAAUGUGAAUUGGCCAAUGCUAAGGAGGAUUCCACAUGUCAAGUUGUAUUCAAACAAAAUAAUGAUGCCAGUAAAGUUGGUCCAGUUAGAGGAGGUACAGAAUUAAUACCAAUCAAGACCAAAUCCAAUUUGGAUCAAGUUUGGAUUGGAUUUCUUAGAGCUCAUAUUGAUAAAUGCGGAUGCGGAAAGGCAAUGUAUAGACCCAAUUUCAUUGUUUUGGGAGAAAAAGAUGGUCAAUUUAAAUUAUCUCAUCUUUCAUCAUCCAUUUCAUUUAAUAUGGCAGUUGAUGGAUGGAAAUAUGCUGAAGUACAAUGUGGAAGGAGGGAUCCGAAUGUAUUGAUCCCCAAUGGUAUAUCAAUAUAUGAAGCAAAACAAGAUUAUUUAAGUUUAAUUUUAUCAGUUGCCGACAAGAAUGAUAAUUUAAUUCAUGUAAAUGGUAUUAAAAAAAUGGUUGGUGAACUUGAUUUGAAUUGGGAAAAUUCAGCUGCAACAACAGCUACAAAGAAAAGUCCAUUAAUUUCAUGUGUUGUUGAAAAAAGUACUGAAUUUUGUAAAGAGUAUGGAUUGGAACAAGAUAAAUUGGGUGUUACUGAGACAGCUAGAAAAAAAGCCAAGGAAGCAGCAGAGAAGGCCAAAGCCGAGAAAGAAAAGGCUAAACAAGGACAAGAGGGGGCUGGAGAAGAAGCUGGUAAAACUGAUGAAAAACAAAGUCAGCCGGCGAAAGGAGAAGAGUCAUCGAAUAACCAAAAUGCCGAACCGCAACAACAACAAGCUCAGCCCGAAAAUGAACAAAAUGUGGAACAACAGCAACCAGCACAACCACAAGCUGAACAGAAAGCAGAACAGGGAUCUGAACAGGGAUCUGAACAGGGAUCUGAACAGGGAUCUGAACAGAAAGCUGAACAGAAUGUAAAUGCACAACAACAAGAGGCACCAAAGGCGAAUGAACAAAGUGAUUCUUCAUCACAACAAGAACAACAACCAGCUCAACAAGAUGAUCAUCCAAAUGAAGAUCAAAAAGAUAGAACAAAUGAAUCAGAAAACAAACCAGAACAAAAAGUAGUCUGA